CUUUGACCCAAAGAUUGGGAUACGUGUAAAGUUUGCUCAAAUGCUAAUUUGCAAGUGGCUAGGGGUGUGAUUGUAAGACUCUUUUUAAAUACAAGCACGAAGAGACUUUGCCAGUGCCCACUGGCUGUUCUUUUCAGAGUUCAAAACCCCAGCAAAACCACACUGCUAGUAGCGUAUGAUGGCAAUCUCUGCCAAAAGAUUAUCCCAUCUCAUUUCCUUAAAGAGACCAAUCAAACACUCUGGUGUCUCAAAUUACUCAGCAUCCUCCAUUAAUCAAAUUGAAUAUUCAAAAUGGAACAAUGGAGGUGGAACUUUCCACAAAUCAGCUUGCAUCGACCCAACAGUGUUAAUUGAAAUUGGCGCAGUAGUUCAUUCAAAAGCUGUGCUGGGCCCUAAUGUUUAUGUGGGAUCAGGAACUGUUGUAGGACCUGAAGUGACUAUUGGUCACUCUACAAAGAUAGGGUAUAAUGUUGGCCUCAGUAAUUGUAGGAUAGGGGAUUCGUGUGUAGUUCACCAUGGAGUAUGCAUUGGUCAAGAUGGAUUUGGGUUUUUCGUGGAUGACAAAGGCAACAUGAUGAAGAAGCCUCAACUGCUGAAUUCUAUCAUAGGAGAUCAUGUGGAGAUUGGGGCAAAUACAUGCAUUGACAGGGGAAGUUGGAGAGACACAGUUAUUGGGGAACAUUCAAAGUUAGAUAAUUUAGUCCAAAUUGGUCAUAAUGUGGUUAUAGGAAAGGGUUGCAUGCUUUGUGGACAGGUUGGGAUUGCAGGCUCAGUGACCAUGGGAGACUACGUCACUUUAGGAGGAAGGGUUGCAGUUCGUGAUCAUGUAUCUAUUGCAUCGAAGGUCCGGCUUGCUGCUAAUAGCUGUGUGACCAAAGACAUUAGAGGGCCUGGGGAUUAUGGUGGCUUCCCUGCUGUUCCAAUUCAUGAAUGGCGAAGACAAGUUGCUAGUCAUUACCGGAUUUCAAAGAAAGCUAUUCUAUAGAGCUGUUUGGAAUUAAAAUCAAAUAUACAGCUAAAAUGGAGUCAGCUGAAUUGAGGUUUUACAGUAUUUGUUUUAGAAGAAAAGGAUUGGAACGCUAGCUCGCAGCACUGUGGCAGCAGCAUAUUAAAGCAAUCAAAGAAAGAACAAGAGGAUGAAUAGAGGAGGAAGAGAACUGUGGCACCAACCUACCAAGCCUCGAUCCCUAAUUGGGUGGGGUAAGCUAUAUGGAUCCUUUUACGUCAUUCCAUGCAAUUAUACACCAAAUCCAUCUCAACAUCAAAAGAUUUUAAAUACUUUGAUGUCACUUCAUCCACGAUAAUGGAGGUCACUUCCCUGUCUCUAUCAUUGUCAACUUCUAACUUAUCCGAACUAGCCUCCGGUGUUCUACGUUGAGCAUGGUCACACCAUCUCGAGCACCCUCCGCUUAUUUAUCCAUAACUAUAUAUAAAAAUAUAAAAUUUGUUGAAAUAUUUAAUUUUAUCAAAAUAUCCCUCUUUUUAACUUGUAUUAGAUUAUACUGGUUACUGAGUAAAAUAUAUUUAAAAUUUUUAAUU